AUGGAGUCCAUUCUCCAUCCUUUAGUGUUGAUAAACGUAUCCGAUCAUCUAACGAGGGAGUCUUGUCGUGCUAUCAGUGGGCAACAUGGAUUAUUUCAGUCUCAAUCGGAUGUGGUUGUUUUGGGAGCGUUGCUGGGGACUUUGGACGGAGGACAUUUAGCUUUAGUCAACUCAUUUGAGAUUGCUUUUCUAUCAGCAUCAGAGGAAUCAACAGCUCCGAGGUGGUCUAGAGGGUUGCCAGAUUGGGAUUUCUUUCAACAGCGUCUUUCUCAGUAUCAUGAGGUUUUUCCAACACUUGAACUAGUUGGCUGGUAUGUCGCUGGAUCGGAUGAUUUCUCACCGUUCAUGCUUCAAUUUCUGGAAGAAUCUGGUCGAUAUUGCGACUCGCCAUACAUUCUAUCUCUCAAGAGCCCAUCAGCGCCACAGAUUGAUCUUAGCGGGAGUUGCGCCCAAUCUUUGAUCAAAGAAUCCCCAAAAAAUACGUCUCCCAGUAACGGAAAGCAGUCCAUUCAAAUCCAGCUCUUCGACAAGUUCUCGAGCACUUCACUCAAUUUAGCGGAGUGCUUAAGAGAAAUUAGUUUCAAGUUAGAAGCUGGCGAAGCUGAGCGGAUCGUUCUGUCUGAUGUGAUAUCGAAAGCAGUUCUAUCAAAGACGUUAUUGAACGAGUCAUCCAACCCUCUAACAGCAACGCAAUCAAGAACAGUUGCAGAUCGUGUCGCUGAUACACAAUUGGCGACUCAUCUGGAUUCAUGGGUGGAUGCAGCUGAAGAACUGAAAGCAAAAAUCGACGAAGCAGUUGCGUAUUUGGAAUCUCAGCGCGAUGCUGAUCACAGUGGAGAACGAAUGUGUCUUUUGAACAAAUUGUCGAGUAUUUGUCAUGCAGUUCAACGUGAAAGAAAAUCAUCUUGCGAUCAAAAUAUGGCUCAAGAAAACGAAGAUGAGCUCAGUGAUGCUCUGGUUGCGCAGUUGGCUCUCUCACAGUGCAGCACCAUCACGUCUACUACUGCAAAAAGCUUGAAAAGCUUAGUUCAGUUGAAGAGCCAUCUAACUCGCGCUUCUCCCAGUCGACCUCUACACCCCCAAUGGGAUGAGGGCGGGGUGUCUGCAAUGAUGUACAACGAAGCCGAUGAUUUCCUCUGA